AUGUACCCAAAUAGCGAGUGGUUCUCAACCUAUCAGCAAAUAGAUGGAGGGAAUGUUAGCAUGGCUAAUGGUGUUGUGUGCAAGAUAGUUGGAAUCGGCUCAGUCAAGAUACGAACACAUAAUGGUGCCUUCUACACUUUAAAAGAGGUUAGGCAUGUUCCACUAAUGAAGAAGAGUUUGAUAUCCUUUAGUGUAGUCGAUGGCAAGGGUUUUAGUUUUGAAGGUAAAGGUGGAGCAAUGUAUGUCUAUAAGGGUUUUGAGGUAGAUCUGAAAGGCAUAAAGCGUGGAACACUGUAUUUUCUAUUAGGUUCCACGAUAAUAGGUUAUGUUGUUGUUGCAUCAUCGGUCGUUCACAAGGAUGAUAUGACUAAGUUAUGGCAUAUGAGACUUGCAAGUUUCCAAAAGGUGUUCAUCGUACAAAAUGGACACUUGAUUAUAUUCAUUCAGACUGUUGGGGACCUUCCAAAGUUGAAUUUAUUGGAGGCAGUAGCUGAGGGGAUUGUUCGCCAUCACACUGUUAGGAAUACUCCACAACAAAAUGGGGUUGCAGAACGUAUGUAUCAGACGUUGUUUGAGAAAGCAAGAUGCAUGCUCUCUAAUGCAAGAGAAAGUAGUAGUGUUGAUAAACAGGUGGAGAUGCAAUUCACUUCAGUUGUGAAUGAAUUACAACAUCAAGGUGGAGAAGAUCAAUACGUUACUACAGAAACUGAUGUGCAACCAGAAAUUAAUGUGCCUAGAAUGUCAGAAGUUGCUUUACCUGAGAAUUCUAGAUCGCGAGUAGAUCAACCGAGCAUAGCUUGUGAUAGAGCUAGAAGUGUUGGUGUUGGACCUCCUGUGAGGUAUGGUUUUGAAAAUAUUGUUACUUUUGCAUUACAGGUUUCUGAAGAGGUGGAUUCUCAUGAGCCAUCCACCUAUAGAGAAGCUAUGUCAUGUGGUGAGUCUGCUCAAUGGCUUGCUACUAUGGGGGAUUAG